AUGCCGCCAAAGACUGACAUGUUCGUUCAUGAGGACGCUCCUCCUUGUGGCUUCACCAUCAGGAGUGAUGGCUCUGUGCUUAGGAGCCCUGACGAGUCAUCCUACACGGAAGACCAGGUGGCAAAGUACUACGCCAUGUGGAUCAUGAUGAAGAAGCAAGGACACUUUGACAAUCCAACACGAGAGGGUCCUGCCGAGUUGGAAGCCCCUGCUGAGACCACUGGUGCCGCUGGUUCAAGUCAAGAACCUUUCAAACGUCAAAUGGUUGAGGAGAAGGGCAAAAACGACAUGGAGCCAAAGCCUACGUCCAGCACCAGCAGCAACAAUAAGAAGAAACGCCAGAAGAACGGCAAGGGCAAGAAAUGA